AUGAGCGGGACUUCUGAAAAGAAACUUGUAAGAAUUGACGUUAGUUCUGAUACUGUGUGCCCAUGGUGUUUUGUUGGCAAAAAAAAUCUAGACAAGGCCAUAGCUGCCUCCAAUGAUAAAUACAACUUUGAGAUAAUAUGGCAUCCCUUUCAACUUAAUCCUGAUGCCCCCAAAGAAGGCAUUGACAAGAGGGAGUUUUACAGAAGAAAGUUUGGAUCGCAAUCAGAACGGAUGGAAGCUCGGAUGUCAGAGGUGUUCAAGAAUGUUGGUCUUGAAUAUAGCUUAUCUGGACUCACGGGAAACACUAUGGACAGCCACAGGCUUAUAUAUUUUGCUAGACAGCAGGGUCUUGAGAAGCAACAUGAUCUAGUUGAAGAACUUAACAUUGGCUAUUUCACACAGGGAAAAUACAUUGGUGAUCAUAAGUUUCUUCUGGAAUCUGCUGCAAAGGUUGGUAUAGAAGGAGCAGAAGAGUUUCUUAAGGACCCCAACAGUGGUUUGAAGGAGGUCCAGGAAGAGCUGAAAACAUAUUCAGGGAACAUUACAGGGGUUCCAUAUUACGUGAUUAAUGGGAAUCACAAAUUGAGUGGUGGACAACCCCCUGAAGUCUUCUUGAGAGCUUUCCAAGUUGCUACAACUUGA